AAAGCAUCUUCACAGAGAAAGGGAGAGAAGCUCACAUAAAAUGGCUACAACUAUAAGCCAAGCUUCAAGUAAUCAUGCAGAUGAAGAAGACUAUGUUGAUAUGGAGGUAAGUUCAUCCUCCAAGUUCUUGUGUUACUCCCUUAGCUCUCCACCUCGAAGUAUGGAGUUUGAGUUCCAAAUGUGUUCAGUUUCUCUUGAUGGAGGGCUUACCACUUCUCCAGCAGAUGAGCUCUUCUACAAGGGGAAGCUCCUUCCCCUCCACCUGCCUCCUAGGCUGCAAAUGGUUCAGAAGCUCCUCCAGAGCUCCAACACUGCAUUUGACACCAAAACUGAGGAACAAUUAGAAGAAAGCUGUUCCACUCCUUUCAUGAUUGCUGGCUCUGCUACCCCAUCUACAAAUACCAGUACCCCAUUGGAAUCCUGCAGCAUCUCCCCAUCAGCGUCUUGCAGGGUGAGCAGUGAAUUAAACCCGGAUGAGUAUUUCUUUGAAUGGUCCACAGAAAUGAGUGAUUUCAUUGGUGAUAAUUCAAAGAAAUCAUGGGGAACGAGAAUCAAGCAGAUCAAACAGUCCUCCUUAGGUCAGAAGCUCAAGGCUUCCCGGGCGUAUAUUAGGUCCUUGUUCAGUAAGUCCGCCUGUUCAGAUGAGUCAUGUGCCAGGGCAGCAAGCAGCGCAGAAGCAGAAAAUGUUUUGAAAAUCAAAGAUUGCUUAAACAAGUACACGAAAGCGGGGAAGAAAAACCCAUUUGGAAGAAUUGAUAAUGAGAGAUACAAGAUACCAACUUCUGUCUCUAAGAGCAUGGACAGAGAGAUGAUUGAGGAUGGAGUUGCUAAUAGCCACAGGAGGUCUUUCUCAGGGGCAAUUCAGCGGCAUUCUGCAUCAAAAUAUUCAUCUACAUCUACAUCUUCCUCUGGUUCAUCUUCUUCAUCAUCCUCUUUUUCAUUUAGUUCAAAUGGGUUCUAUGAAUUACAGUUUCUGAAAAGGAGUUGUAGUGCAAAUUCAGAGCUUGAAAGUUCAAUUGAGGGGGCAAUUGCUCACUGUAAGCAGUCUCAACAGAUGUCCAGUUCAAGAAAGACUGUAAGUGUUCCUGGGGUCUGCUCCCUUUCUGCCUCCAGGAUUGUAGUCAGUGGGGGGACCAAAAGAGGCCUGGACUUUGCAGCUUGUGACUAUGAUGCUUUGGAAAAAGUAGGAGAAAAAGAAAGCUUGAAUGUAUGAUGGUAACCCAUUCCUGUUACAUUCUUCAGAGCAAAAGCAAGUGUCGUUUUAAUGCAGGUGGAGAGCCCUCUAGUCCCUUAUUGUUCAAUAAAAAGUAAAAUUUAUUUGUGAUUCUUCCUUUUUGUACUUGCUCAAAUUGAGAUGAAUUCAACAUCAUCUCUUUGCUCGAAUUCUUCUAUGUU